AUGGCGGCGGAGGGCGCGGGCCCGGCGGGGCCCGGCGGUGGCGGCGGUGGCGGUGGCGGGACGAGCCUCACGGACCUGCCGGGCGAGCUGCUGGAGCUCAUCCUCUGCUGCGACGUGCUGGGCGCCGCCGACAUCGGCCGCGUGUCCUGCACCUGCCGCCGGCUGCGCGAGGCGUGCCAGCCCCGCGGGAAGGUGUGGCGGGAGCGCUUCCGCCUCAGGUGGCCAUCCCUGCUGAAGUAUUACAGCCACACGGAUGGGGUGAGCUGGCUGGAGGAGUACAAGGCCCGGCACAACGCGGGGCUGGAGGCCCAGAGGAUUGUGGCUUCCUUCUCCAAAAGGUUCUUCUCAGAACAUGUCCCCUGCGAUGGAUUCAGUGACAUUGAGACCCUGGGGUGCCCGAGUCACUUCUUUGAGGAUGAGCUGAUGUGUAUCCUGAACAUGGAAGGAAGGAAAGGCCUCACCUGGAAGUAUUAUGCAAAGAAAAUCCUCUAUUUCCUGCGGCAACAGAACAUCUUAAAAAACCUGAAGGAGUAUCUGCAGCGCCCCACUGACCGACAGUCGUUCCUGGAGGGUGCUGUUUUAAUUGAUCAAUACUGUAACCCCCUGUCAGACAUCUGCUUAAAAAGUGUCCAGGCGCAGGUGGACGAUAUCACGGACAAAGUGCGCAAAGUCCUGCGGACCAAAAACCCAAGGCACCCCAGCUUGGCUUCCAAGGCAGGGGAGGUCUCUGUUCCAGAAGUGGAACUCCAGCGGCAGGUGCUCGAUGCCAUGAACUGUGUCCUGUAUGAGCAGUUAAAAUACAAAGGAAACGAGCUGGAUUACUACAACUCCCUGAAUUCAUACAUCCACCAGGUUUUGAUCCGCAGGACAGGAAUUCCCAUCAGUCUGUCUGUGCUUUAUUUAACAAUUGCCAGGCAACUGGGAGUCAAACUGGAACCAGUCAACUUCCCCAGCCAUUUUCUCCUGAGGUGGUGUCAGGGAAAAGAAGGGAGCACGGAUAUUUUUGACUACACCUACAUCGAUGCCUUUGGCAAGGGGAAGCAGCUGACGGUGAAGGAGUGCGAGUACCUGAUCGGGCACCACGUGACAGAGGAGUUCUAUGGCGUGGUGACCUCCAAAGAGGUCCUGCAGCGGAUGGUGGGCAACCUCCUGAACCUUGGCAAGCGAGAAAGCACUGACCAGUCUUACCAGCUCUUGAGAGACUCCUUGGAUCUGUACCUGGCCAUGUAUCCGGACAAUGUGCAGCAUCUAAUGCUCCAGGCUAGGUUAUACUUCCACCUGGGAAUCUGGCCAGAAAAGGUCCUGGACAUCCUGCAGCACAUCCAGGCCCUGGACCCGUCGCAGCACGGGGCCGUGGGGUACCUGGUGCAGCACACCCUGGAGCACAUCGAGCGGCGCAAGGAGGAGGUGGGGCCCGAGGUGAAGCACCGCUCGGACGAGAAGCAUAAGGAGGUCUGCUUCUCCAUCGGGCUCAUCAUGAAGCACAAGAGGUACGGCUAUAACUGCGUGAUCUACGGCUGGGAUCCCGCCUGCAUGAUGGGACACGAGUGGAUCCGGAACAUGAACGUGCACAGCCUCCCUCACGGCCCCCACCAGCCCUUCUACAACGUCCUGGUGGAGGAUGGCUCCUGCAGAUACGCUGCCCAAGAGAACCUGGAAUACAACUCCGAGCCUCGGGAGAUCCCUCACCCCGACAUCGGCCGCUAUUUCUCCGAGUUCACAGGCGUUCACUACCUGGCAAAUACCGAGCUGGAAAUUCGGUACCCGGAGGAUUUGGAGCUCACACGAGCCACGGUGCAGAAGAUCUACAGCUCGGGCAAGGAGUGAGUGCAGAAGGCAGCGUGGGGACAGAAGCAGCUGGAGCGUAGCUUUACCCUCUUGGCAAAACUUGCGCGGAAAGCAAGUUCGGUGACAAUCCUUUGGCUUAAUAAUGCAUUGAAAACUGCAUUGAACUUUGAAACUGGUGCUACUGCAUCUUUCCCUUGCCUGCCUGCCCGCUGUGGCCCAGGAGGCACAGGGACAGUUGAGGCCAAGCAGAAGGAUCUUGCAGGGACAGCCGUGCCAAGGAAGCGCGUGGUCCUUGGGAAGGGUCUGCACCAACUACUCGUCCUGUGGUUGUCUUGCCUUAGGAGGCUGACACAGUGAGAUCCCUGGUGUGGAACGUGGAAGAAGCCCCUCUUCCAGAGAAGGAAGUUGCUUGUCCUUGCAGCGCUGUGGGGUUUUCGUUUGGCUGUGUCUGUUUGCUUUGGGUUUUAAUGUAUAUCCCGUGCAGGUGAUAGUUUUUAAAGCCUCUCACCUUUCCCUGUCGUCCUCUCCGGUCUGAAUUUUCGGUCAGGUUUUGCUUCACCUCUCUCUGUAGUCUGAUUGUUCCUAGAGCUACUGUUCCAAUCCUGAAUAUCCUUCUGGGCCUGGCAAUAUCCUUUUGGGCCUGGGAAAGAGCCCCAGCAACAAAACCAGCAGCACUGAGGCUUCUGGGGGUGGCAGGCACUGGGUCCAGCAGCCACCUCGCUGAGGACACGAGACUCUCCUAAAGCAGCAGAGGAGCUUCUUGUCCUUUUCCACGCCUGCUGAACACACCCAACCCGUGUUCUGUGAUCUGUUCCUCAUGUGUGUCCAAGGCAGGACCUGUGGCAUGGCCUGAGUGCUCCCAGGACACUUUGGAACCCCGUGGCACUUUGGUGGGAGCCUUGGGGCCGGUGCCACAAUGACUCUGAUGUACAGGGAGCUGCCACUCGCUGCCACCUCUGAUCUAUAGGUAUUUAUGCAAUACAUUGGAAUUAUGACUGGAAACUGGCCAUCCCCAGAGUCAGCCAACCUGUGUAUGGAAACAAGAUGUUGAUUCCUGCAGCUUGAGGCCUUCUUCCUUUUUGCCAAAAGAGACUGGAUUCUGGGGGAGCACAAACUUUGCUGCCUGCAAGGGACAUGAAUUUUAACAUGACUUAAAGACCCAGACAGAACCACAGCAGAAGAGGUUUUCCUCUGGGUUCAGGGGUGCAGAGUGACAGUGUGCAUAUCUUUGUGGUUUCUGAAGCAAUGUGUGUAGAGUAGCUGCAGCUCCUGUCUCCUGUCACUGUCCAGUUGCGACACAGUAGUUCUCUCAGAGCUGAGAAUUAGGUCCCUGUAGAAUUAGGUGGAUGCUCUUAGUCUCUUGUAGCACUUCAGGUGAAAUCACAGAGCCCUGCCCUAAAGCAAUGCUUGAACUGCAUGUCACCCUCCUGCAGUCCUGGUCACCCUCCUGCAGUCCUGGUCACCCUCCUCCUGCAGUCCUGGUCACCCUCAUGCAACUCUGGUCACCCUCCUGCAGUCCUGGUCAUUCUCCUGCAGUCCUGGUCAUCCUCCUGCACUCCUGGUCACCCUCCCGCAACUCUGGUCACCAUUCUGCAGUCCUGGUCACCCUCCUGCAGUCCUGGUCACCCUCCUGCAGUCCUGGUCAUCCUCCUGCAGUCCUGGUCACCCUCCUGCAGUCCUGGUCAUUCUCCUGCAGUCCUGGUCAUCCUGCAGUCUGGGUCACCCUCCUGCAGUCCUGGUCAUCCUCCUGCAGUCCUGGUCACCCUCCCACAACUCUGGUCACCCUCCUGCAGUCCUGGUCAUCCUCCUGCAGUCCUGGUCACCCUUCUGCAGUCCUGAGCUCUGGUUGUGUGUCAGAAAUAAACACUAAAAGCCCAGCACAUUGCCCCUGGAGUGGUGGUGAUGGUCUGCAGGGACCCCAGGCCUUCAGGGACAGCAGCCUGGAGUGUGCUGAGGAAUGGGGAAGAUGCUCUGCUCCAGGGGGAGCUGUGAAGGAUCAUAGUCACAGAAUCCCAGAAUAGUUUGGGUUAGAAGGGAACUCAAAGUUCAUCUGCUUCCCAUGGGCAGGGCCACCUUCCACUAGAGCAGGUCUGCACUGAAAUGAACUUGGAGGGAGGAAUUCCCAUUUUGAAUCAGGGUAGGGAAACCUUGGACAGAAAUCUUAAAACCCAUCCCCUGUUCCUGAGGGUUGGAGCAGACCCCAGCCCCUCAGCCCUUUUUGAGGGUUGAAAGCAGCUCCCAAAAGAUUCCUAGCAGGGAUGCAAAGUUGGGAAUGUUGCUGUGGAGUCCCAAGGUUGAUGCUGGGAGCUGAGAACAGGCAGGGCAGAGUUUGGGCUCCCUGUUCCCAGUCCCAGCUCUGGAUGUCACCGAGUUUCCUUGGCCUCUGCCGAAUGGGCAGUCUGGUGACAUCUUGGCCUCUCUCCAGUGCAUCGAGGGAAUUACAGUGAGCUCACAGGAGCUCUCAGGUGCUGCCUGAGUGCCAGGUAGAGUUGUACCAUAAAAAUACCCAUGGGAGCCAACAGAAGCCACACAAAGUUGCCCUGAAAAUCAGUGCUGGCCAGUGCUUAUUGAACCCGCGUGGCCAGGGGUCCCAGAGCUGUUCUGUGCAAGAGGGAUGGAUGUGCUGUGAGGGACUGGGUGCACAGGGCAGCCCUGGAGCUAAAUCCUGAUCCCUUUGGCAGGUGUUUUGUGGGGGAACUGUGUCCUCAGCCUUGGAUGUGCCAAAUCUGGAAGAAACUUGAGGUGCUUCAGUAGACACCACACAGCACCAGUCCCGGGGGCCAAGUCUGCUUUUGGGACUUCAGACAAACACAAAGUGUGUAAAGCCCCCCUGUUUGUUCCCAUUUGGGUUGGGGUGGCCCCUCUGCCGCCCGUGCUGUUUGCUCUGGGUGGAGUUUUGCUCUUGGUGAGGAGGAAUUCCCAGCUGAAGGAUCUGCAGCUGUAGGAGGCUUCAGCCCAAGCAUCCAGGGUGGCCAGGGAAAACUGGAAACACCCCCCAAGGAUCCCUCUCUGUCCCUGCUCGAGCAGCCUCUUGGAAUGCACAUCAGAUCCUGCAGGUUGCACAUCCGGGGUCCCACACGGCGGGAAAUGCCUCUGUGGGAUAGUGGGGUGACAUUUGCUGUUUCCCUGUGCUCCCUCCCCUCCUGGCAGCACAGGAGGGGGUUUCCACAGUCACCUUUUCCCCAGGAAGACUGCAGUGGAUCCCAGAAGUUCCUUGUGUCCAUGAGUGUCCAGAAGUUCCUUGUGUCCAGGUCCACGUCAGUGUUCAUGUUCAUGCCGAUGCACCCAGAGUGCAGUUUGUCCUGUCUCUGUGGAGCUCUCCAGGAGAAGGGAUGUUUCCUGGAAAAGAUGGAAUUGCCUCCCUUCUCUCCCACCAUCCAACCAAGUGGAAAGCCUGGCCAGGUUCCUCUGCAGUGCCAAAAUCCUCUGGUCCUGCAUCCCCUGGGAGCAGAGGGGUGAAUUUCCUGCAGCUCAAACCACCUUCUCCCUUCCCUUUCCACGUCAUCGGCCAUCUGUCCUGGGGGCAGAACAGCCCAGGGUAAAAUCUGGAGGGUGAAGGAAAAACAGAAUGGGGGAAGAGGAGGCAGGGAAGCAGGAGGAAUCCCUGUUUGGGUCGUUAGGAAAAGGACAGGGAGCUGAGCAGCAGCAGCCGUGGGCUGGUUCUGAGCUGUGCCACUGGAUCCGGGGGCUCAGGGAUGUUACAGGAGCACCAUUCCCGGGUUUCCUCUAGCAGGGAGUGAGGCCUGUGGGCAAAAGCAUCCGUGGGAGGUUUGUCCACCCUUACAGGCCAGUGUCUUGUGAGAGAGGCUGCAGAGCUGCUCCCUGCCCUCCACCCGCAGAGUGUGUUCCCUGGCACAGCUGGUGGUGCCUCAUCCUCUUGGGAAGCCCUUCCAGCCCUCCCAGACCCCUCCCGACACGCAGGAUCAGCAGGAACAUGCUCAGAGUGCCCUGACACAGCCAAGGGCUAGGAGGGUGGCCUCUGUGACAAACCAUGAAGUUUGUCACCAACCUCUGCAGGAAAACCAGACCCUGGGACCCUCCAGGCCUGCCUGGGGCCAGCAGAGGGUGAGGAAAGGCCUGGGGCGGGAGAAGGGCUCCUGGGAUGUCCUGGUCCCUUCCAGACCACCUUCACCUGCACACCAGGUUGCUCGGGGUGUUGUCCUGACUAGUUCUGAGCAUCUCCCAGGGCCCUGCCAGCCUCCCUGCUGGCUCUUCCCCCGCAGAGGACACAGGGACUGUGCAGGCAGGGACAGAAUGGUGCUGUGUUCCCCCACUCCCCCCUUCUCCUCUGGGCUGGAGGGGCCUGAACCAAACAAAAAGAUACAUUUGAUGGAAAAAUGCCCGGAGGGUGCAGAGUCCCGAGUGCCAGGGCGCCCGACACAGCUGAGGCUGCAAGAUGGGGAUGUCUCUCCUUCCUCCUUUUUUAUUUAGAAGCAGGUAUUUUCCUGGAUCUAGGACAGCUGGAGGCUGGAAAUGAUUUGAUCCUUUUCCUGUUUAUAUUUGGCUUUAAAAAAAUAAACGACACUGACUUGCUAU